AUGCCCAAGGCAAAGAGAACCAAGAAGGAGAAGCUGUUCCAGGACAUCCGCGACACCGUUCCCAAGUACGAGCGCUGCUUCGUGCUGGGCUUCGACAACAUGCGCAACAACCACCUCAAGGACGUGCGCCACGAGCUCUCGGACUCCAGGCUCUUCUUCGGCAAGACGAAGCUCAUGUCCCGCGCGCUGGGCCAGACCCCCGAGGACGCCACCGCGGACGGCAUCCACAAGCUGUCCAACCACCUGACGGGCAACGUGGCGCUGCUCUUCACCAGCCGCCCCACGGACGAGAUAACCACCUACUUCGGGUCCUUCUCCCCCGUCGACUUCGCGCGCGCCGGCGCCGUCGCGUCGCGCGACUUUGUCAUCCCCACGGGCGUCGUGUACGCCACGGGCGGCGCGGUCCCCGCCGAGCACGACGUGCCCCUGGGCCACACCAUCGAGCCCGAGCUGAGGCGCCUCGGCGUCCCGACGCGCAUGGUCCGGGGCAAGGUCGUCCUGGGCGAGGAGACGGGCGGCGGCGAGGGGUAUACCGUCUGCAAGGAGGGCCAGGUCCUCGACUCGAGGCAGACGAGGCUGCUGAAGCUGUUUGACCAGUGCCUGAGCGAGUUCAGGGUCAAGAUCUUGGCCUACUGGGAGGCUAAGAGCGGGGUCGUCACCGAGGUCGACGAGGCCGACGAGGACGCCAUGGAUGGUGUGGAUGAGGAUGAUGAGUAG